UCCCCGAGCCCCCGCCCGCGACUCAGCGGAGCUGCCGGCAGCGGCGCGGGCCGCGGGCAGCGCUCGGGAUCCGGCUGUGCGGGUGGGCAGCGGCACCGAAGCGGCGGUUCCCGGGCAGCGGCAUGUCCUGAGCAGAGCGACUGAGCGGCGCGGAGCCGAGCUGGGCCUCACUCCCCGCACCCACCACGGAGGGGUCGGCGGAGCCGCGGGCCAAGUGCCGGGCCCCCAUGAAGGAGAAGGAGGCGGGGGCGGAGCGGGGCAAGCCCGCCACCUACACCGGGGACAAGAAGGCUCGCAUGGCGGCCAAGACCAACAAGAAGUGGGUGCGCCUGGCCACCGUGCUGGCCUACGUCCUCUCCGUCUCGCUGGCCGCCAUCGUCCUCGCCGUCUACUACAGCCUCAUCUGGCAGCCGGUGCGUGGCGGCGGUGGCUCCGCUUCCAGCCCCGGCCCCGCCGCAGCCGCCACCUCCUCUUCGUCCGCGCAGCCCCGCGCCGCCCCGCCGCCAGCGCCGGGCGCCGGGGCCGGCCCAGCACAGGAGGCUCCGCCAGCGCCGCCGCGGACGGGCCCCGACCCCCCCGGCCUCGCCCGCACCGAUCGCCCGGAUGCGUCGCAGCCGCCGCCACCCGGGGCCGAGCCGGACGCGGGCGACAGUGCUGCCGCCGCGCUUCACCGGGUGCCGGGGAGUCCUUGA